AUGGUUGAUUUGAUUGGAGAGUCAUCGCAUAACCAAAUAGGGAAUGUUUCAGCAGAGAAAAUGGACAAAUUGUUAGUUGAUAGUGAUGGCAAUGAUGUUGAAGACCUGUUAUUGAAUAGUACAAGAAGUAUCGGUGGUGUUAAAUUCGUAGGAUUGAGCAUUGAUGCUGCUAAGAAAUAUGUAUUUUCAGACCUUGAUGUUGCCUUUGCCUUUUACAAUGCAAUUGGCAGGGUCAAUGGAUUUUCAAUUAGGAAAUUCAAGGUUAGACGAAGUGAGAUUGAUAAGAGCAUACUCUUGCAAACAUUUGUGUGUUUGAGACAAGGAUAUCGUAUUUUCAGAAGGGACGGUGAAACAAGUAGGAAGAAAGCUCUAAAGCCAGAGACUAGGUGUGGGUGUGUAGCCUAA